GAGCGACGCUCUAAAUAAAAGUUUAGUAGGCGCUACGUAAACAAACUCUGCGGUCUUCACUGGGGUGCACAGAGCGACCGGUUCUUUCGAUCGAUUAACAAAUUGUGCACACAAUGGCGCCCAAUAUAAAAGAGGAUGAAGCCUGGAAAGUGUCAGGAAUUUCGAGGACUUAUCCGAGUUACCGCCAGUAUCGUCCCAUUACAAGUGAAAGCUGGCUGGAGGGCAAAAAUGCCGAUGACGAGGCCGAAGGUCUUUGGCGCAUUAACGAUAAGCUGUACGACUUAAGCGAUUUUGCCUCUCGCCAUCCGGGUGGCGCCUUUUGGAUUGAGUGCACCAGGGGCACGGAUAUCACGGAACCCUUCGAAUCGCAUCACAUCGAGGAGCGAGCUCGCAAAAUGCUGAGCAAAUUCGAAGUGCGACAGGCUUCGAAGCCCCGAAACUACAAGUUUACGCUGAAAGAAAAUGGGUUUUACAUGACCCUGAAGCGAAGAGUGCGAGAAAAGCUGAAAAAGAUUGAGUACGCUCCCACCAAGAAAACAGAGUUUCUGCAUCUGGGCAUCCUGUUGUCCGUGUUCCUUUUCAGCUGGGCAGGCACAAUUUUGAACUCUCUGAUUUUCCAGGCUCUUGCUGGAUUGGCCCUAUGCUGGGUAGCCACCUCCACCCACAAUUACUUCCAUCAGCGGGAUAGUUGGCGGAUGUACACUUUUAAUCUGACGAUGAUGAACUUCCGGAAUUGGCGGGUAUCUCAUGCCUUAUCACACCAUGUCUAUGCGAAUUCACUACAUGAUCUGGAGAUGUCCAUGUUUGAGCCAUUCUUGUGCUGGAUUCCCGAUCGUCAUUAUGCCAGUAAAACGCAGCGUUGGAUCUCGGUGGUUAUCUCCCCGGUGGUAUAUGUGGUACUGUUCCAAGGACAGUUUCUUAUUCGUUUGGUUUUAUCCCUUACCAAAAGAAACGUCUUGCACUGGGAUGAUCUUAUUGGUCUGACCCUACCAAUAUUUCUUUAUUUGUUCACUGGAGCUGAUCUAUUUGAAACUCUUAUUAGCUGGCAAAUAAUCGUAGCGGUGGGCAGCUUUAUUUUUGGACUUGUUGGUCUUACGGCAGCUCAUCAUGAUCCUCGCAUUCUACACGAUGGCGAUGCCCAACGCCAGGACAUGGAUUGGGGUCUAUAUCAGGUGGAUACCAUCAUAGAUCGUGGCGACAUUAAGUGGUCGGAUCUCUUGGUGCUUACCCACUUUGGUGAGCACGCCCUGCAUCACCUUUUCCCCACUCUGGAUCACGGAGUGCUCAAACAUCUCUACCCAGAGUUGAAGAAAACGAUGAAAGAAUUCGAUGUGGAACUGAGGGAGAUCAAUCAUUGGGGUCACAUCAAGGGUCAGAACGAGCAAUUGCUGAGGAUAAAAAAGAAUACUUUACCACCGGGUAGUAAAAAGAUUGAGUAGGACGGGGUUGGGAACUAAAUAAAUAAUGUCUAAUGGGCAGGGAAAUUGUUGUUUUGUAAAUAAUUAAAUUAUAUAAGUCUUAGAUCCUUAAAGCUAAGGAUUUUUUAACAACUAUUAAAAGCAAGGUGAAAUUGUUAAAAUAGAUUUAAUGAUCCUAUUCAUACUCUUAUAUUAAUUGUAAUUCACCAUAUGAACCAAACAUGCUCUUAUCAAAAAGCUUUUCUUAGCUCUCUUUCUUUUUUUCUCUGUUAUCGUCUGUUUAAAGCUUCUUUACCGUUUCCGCUUUUUUAUUAUAUCUUUAAAAGCAUCGUUUAUGGUUUAGUUUAUCUGGUGCUUAAGCAACCCAUAAACAUUUCUUAACACACUUUAUUUAGCGGCUCUUUAAAGUUGAGAGUUCAGCUGCUGCUGACUGAUAAUUUGUUUGCGUAAACGUUAGACCACGACAAAUGGACGCACUUUUCGCUGAGUCACGGUGUCAAAGCAAAUAGGAAUCAAUGAGCAUAAGUCGAUACAUAAAUGUAUGAUUUGAAACCUUGUAAA